UAUUGGGUAAGCUUCAACUUUUUUCUUUUAUUUAUUUUUUUCCUUUCCCCAAAAUUUCAGGUAAGGAGAAGUACUUUGCUUGGGGAUCAAUGUGGAGAGGCAGAAUCCAUUGAUGUUGGCAGUCAGCCCAAGGAUUUGAGCCUUGCACCUCUUUGCCCUGAACUUGCUUUGAUUUCAACUGAUUCAGGAGUAGUUCUACUUCGUGGGUCAAAAGUAGUUUCAACAAUCAACCUUGGGUUUGCCGUGACGGCAUCAACAAUUUCACCGGAUGGAAGUGAAGCUAUCGUGGGUGCGCAGGAUGGUAAAUUACAUGUAUAUUCCAUCAAAGGGGAUACACUAAUGGAAGAAACAGUCCUCGAGAAGCACCGGGGUGCUAUAAAUGUUAUUCGUUACUCGCCUGAUUCUUCUCUGAUUGCUUCAGGGGAUCUUAAUCGAGAAGCUGUUGUAUGGGAUCGUGCAUCUCGAGAGGUGAAGCUAAAGAACAUGUUGUACCAUACUGCCCGUGUAAACUGUCUGGCUUGGUCUCCUGAUAACACUAAAGUUGCAACCGGAUCACUUGACACAUGUGUUAUCAUAUACGAAGUUGAUAAGCCUGCAUCCAGUCGAAUAACCAUUAAGGGAGCUCACUUGGGUGGUGUAUAUGGAGUGGCUUUCACAGAUGAGCAGAGUCUGGUGAGUUCAGGAGAGGAUGCAUGCGUGAGACUGUGGAGGUUGACAUCACAGUAGAGAGUGGCAAUUCAAGCAGAUCUCAUGCCGACAAUAAGAAGUUUGGCAAAUUGUGUGAAAUGUUGUUUUAUGCAGGUUUUGUUUGUUGAGAGUUUGUGCUUUACAUUUUGGGGGCUUGUGUUGGGUGUGGGGGGGGGGGGGGUGGAUGAGAAGAGGAAAAAAAAAACAAAAGGAUAGGUCGAUUGGGCAUGAAAUUGUAAUUCUCUUCAAUGUGUGUAUCUAUCUCAAGCCAGGCACCAGGCAGUGUUUCAUCAUGAAUAUUGCUCAUGAACAUGCUUCCACAAAGAAAUGGAUGUCACAGAAUAGAAAAUCAGUAAUGUUUGUUUGUUAAUUAUGUCACAGUGAUGUGCCUACUUUAAAUUAUGAAGAGAAUGUGUCCUCUAUUUCAGCUUUUUAUAUGGAUUAAGUGGAACCACAGUUUUCUG